AUGCCAUAUGCUGACACCUUUUCAUGAUGUUGACAUUCGUCGUUCUUUUAGCAGUUGGAGCAACCGCACAUCCCAGUUGCCGGUAUUCCGAAUGGGACGCCUGGACGCAAUGUACUCCGAACGCUCUAUGCCAGAGCCAGCGUACGCAGAGUUUGGAGUCAUAUACGUCAAAGACAGUGUCCGGGGUGUACCAAGAUCAGGGAAGGAUGAACGGCGAGGCCAUGAUGGAACAUAAGAAAAGAUUGUGGGCGGGCCCAAAUCCAUUAAGAACCGCAAGGGAAAGCAUAACAGGUGCAGCCGUAGAUUGUACUGGAGGCUAUGCCAGUGGGUUCCGAUGCCAGAAUGUGAAUUUACAGUCCUUCCUUAGUCUCCAGGAUUUAGCUGGGAGUGGUAACACUGACGGACCCAGCGAAAGAGGAAACGACUUAUGGGGCUGGACUGAUCCGACCAAUAACGAUGAGUACGUGAUCAUGGGACUGGAUGAUGGUACUUCCUUCGUCAGGAUAACGGAUCCCGUGAAUCCUGUUGUUGUUGCGUUCCUCCCAACUGCCACGGUCCCCAGUCAGUGGCGAGAUAUGAAGGUCGUCAAUGAUCACGCUUACAUCGUCUCCGAGGCCGUCGGACACGGUAUGCAGGUGUUCGAUUUGACAAGAUUACGAGGACAAACAGACAUGGGAGAUGUCGAGGUAGAUUUCCAUUACACUGAAAUCGGCAACACUCAUAACAUAGUCUCCAACCCUGCAAGUAAUACUGUGUUCCUUGUGGGAUCGACCGAUGAUUCACAAGCUUGUCUAGCCGGGCUUCACAUGGUUGACGUAAGCAGCCCAAAGAACCCGCUAUUUGCCGGGUGUUACUGGGAGGAUGGGUACACGCACGAUGCUCAGUGUCACAUCUAUAACGGCCCUGAUACCGACUAUGUAGGGAGAGAGAUCUGUUACAACUAUAAUGAAGACCAGUUGACGAUAGUUGAUGUUACAUCAAAAGCGAAUCCCGUGACGAUAUCUACAUCUGGUUAUCCACUGGCAACGUACACUCAUCAGGGAUGGAUAACUGAGGACCACACAAUGAUCCUUCUUGACGAUGAACUCGAUGAGAGGGAUACAUUCUUGGAUGGGAAUACGGUCACUUACUUGUGGGACGUGCGUGACUUGGAUAACCCUGUGAUAGUUGGCGACUACACUGCAGCCCACGAAGCCAUAGACCAUAACCAAUACAUCAGAGGCUCGAGGGUGUACCAGGCAAAUUAUGAGGUCGGAUUGAGGAUACUCGAGAUCGACCAGGCAACGCCAAGUUUGACCGAAAUAGGCUACUUUGAUGUUGACGAUACCUCUACUGGCGGAACGAUGGAGUUCCAGGGUGCUUGGACUGGUUAUCCUUAUUUUGCAUCAGGUAAUGUGCCCGUAUCAUCUAUCGGAUAUGGUCUAUUUAUUGUGAGGCCUGAUAGCAUGGCGAUGACAGAGACAUACCAGGCAGGACUAAACGGGACAGAGCAAAGAGAGAGGCAGUUGGUUGCAGGGGACCCGUCCUCUUGUGUUGCCGUCAAAGAAACAAGAUAUUGCAAGGCAUCUUGUCAUUAAUAAUGACUGUAAAACACUAUUUUGUUGUUCAACAUUUAUAAUCAAUAAAAA